AUGUCAACUCUACAAAGAAAGAAAGAAAAAAGGAGAAUAAUGGGUGAAAAGUUCAUAGAAAUUCCUACUUUAAAGUUAGAGCAUGUUGAAAAAAACAUCAAUGUUCUUGAGCAUGAGGUUUCACUUGAUGGCUCUUCCAAAUUUCACUCUUUUCUUUUCUCUCCUGAAUUUGAAUCCACUCUCAAUCGAUUGAGUAAAUGGGCGAUUACUGUAAUAUUUGCCGCUGUAUUCAUUUGGAGACGUGAUGCUGAAGCCGCUUGGGUUACCAUAGGCUCUGUUGUCAACUCUUUGCUGUGUAUUGCUUUGAAAAGAAUCUUGAAUCAAGACCGUCCGAUUGGCAACACCAAAUCGGACCCUGGCAUGCCGUCGUGCCAUGGCCAAUACAUCUUUUAUGCUGUCAUCUAUUUCAUUCUCUCAAUGUUUCAGUGGCUAGGGGUGAACGAAAUAACGGUGAUCGUUGCAGUUGUUAUCCUAGCGAUUGGCUCAUAUCUGUCGUGGCUACGAGUCUUACAAAGAUUUCACACGAUGAACCAGGUGUUAGUAGGUGCUGCCUUCGGUUCCUGCUUUUCGCUAGCAUGGUUAUGGGCCUGGAAUGCUAUUGUUUCGGAAGCAUUCAAUUCCAAUUUGUGGGUUCAAGUUUCCAUCUUGGUGGCAUUUGCUAUGUGUUGCUUGGCAUUCCAAUUAUACGUUAUACUAAAGUCAGUUAAGUGGUUUAGAAAAGAUCCAUGAUUGUAUAAACAACUUGAAAAUAACUGACAUUCAUGUAAUUUUACAGCAUGGGAAUUUCUUUAUUUUAGCAGGUAGGAAUUGAAAAGUUAGUGUCCAUUCGACAAAUAUAAUAAUACAAGUUGUUGUCAAUAUAAUAAUACAACUUGAAAUUAAUUAAUGCUCUCUCCGUGUCUAUUCUAUGGUUACAAGCAAUCUGAUGACAUUCUUGAAGUAGAAGUUCACACCUUUAUGAUGCUCCAAAAAUCCUAACCAUGUACUUCGUAGUAUAAAUAAGUAUGUAGACGGGAUUUGGUCAUAAAUUUAGGCUUCACCGUAAUGAAAAAGUUGAUUUGGGGUUUAACGUUUUAAACAAUGAGAAAAAAAAAAAAAAAAAAAAAAAAAAAAAAAAAAAAAACUUAUUUUGAAUCUCAUAAUAGGAACUUUUAGAAAUUAGUCUAUUGACAUUUUGCUAUUAAACUAUUACUACAUACUCCAUACAAACAGUUGGCAAUUAUUUACUAAACACUUUUACACAAUCAGCUUAUCAAAAUAAAUAACAUCAUCGGUUAGUCAAACUAGCUAACAUAAUCAACUAACACUAUUAGAUCAGCUAUU